AUAGUGGUGAAACCCAAAAGCUCGUCACUUGGAACAAGUCGUCUCUCUCCCUCUUUCGCUAUCUGGAAAUUGUGUCGAAGAGAAAUGGGAACCCUAGGCCGAGCAAUCUACACCGUCGGAUUCUGGAUCCGUGAGACCGGGCAAGCCCUCGAUCGCUUGGGUUAUCGCCUUCAAGGAAGUCACUACUUGCAGGAACAGCUGUCGAGGCAUCGGACUUUGAUGAAUGUGUUUGAUAAAGCACCAUUGGUGGACAAGGACGCAUUCGUGGCUCCUAGUGCUUCUGUUAUCGGUGAUGUUCAGANNNGAAGAGCAUCCUCCAUUUGGUAUGGAUGUGUUCUAAGAGGGGAUGUGAAUGGCAUCAGCGUUGGAUCUCGCACGAAUAUUCAAGACAAUGCCCUUGUGCAUGUUGCUAAAUCCAACAUAAGUGGGAAGGUCCUUCCCACUAUUAUUGGGGACAAUGUUACAGUAGGUCACAGUGCUGUCAUUCAUGGUUGUACCAUCGAGGACGAGGCUUUUGUCGGCAUGGGAGCUACACUACUUGAUGGUGUAGUGGUUGAGAAGCACGCCAUGGUUGCUGCCGGUGCUCUUGUUAGACAGAACACGAGAAUCCCUUCUAGAGAGGUAUGGGGAGGAAACCCGGCCAAGUUCUUGAGAAAACUUACAGAUGAGGAGAUAGCAUUCAUCUCUCAAUCAGCCACCAACUAUACAAACCUUGCUCAGGUCCAUGCCGCGGAGAAUGCAAAGUCAUUCGAAGAGAUUGAAUUCGAGAAGGCUCUCCGCAAGAAAUAUGCUAACAAGGACGAGGAGUACGAUGCCAUGAUCGGUGUCGUCCGUGAAGUCCCGCCCCAGUUGAUUCUUCCCGACAAUGUCUUACCAGUUAAAGCCUCCUCCAACGUUCCUGCCCCCCAGAACUGAUUCCUUUUUCGGGUUUUGUCUUUCCUUUUAAUCAUUUUGAGACAGAAUCUUGGGAAGAUCAAGAGAGAUCUUUGCUUUCGUUUUUCCCCCAAGAGCAAGUUAGGGAUUGCUAUCCUCAUUCUUAAUAAUGCAGAAAAGAACCAUGUACCAAUAUAGAUCUGUGGGGUUCAUUAUGAAUCUCGGUUGAGUAGCAAAUGCAUAAGAGCAUUGAAUGUUUA